AAUAGUUAUAUAAAUUUAUAUAAUACCGCCAUUGUUGAUCCAUUUCAUUUUGCAGUCCUUAUCUUUAGCCGCCGGCUUCAACUAUAUUAUGCUUUAUCUUUUAGAAAAAAUAUUUUUAUAUAACUAAAAAUCUUAGGAUCUAUAAUUCUAUAUAUAUACAGUUAUACUUGUCUAUGUAUGUUCCACAUCUCUAGCUUUCUCUUUUCUCACUCUAUCUUCAAUGGGUCUUCCGACAGAUUUUAAGGAGCUUCAGAUUCCAGGAUACGUACUUAAGACGCUUUACGUCAUCGGUUUCUUUAGAGACCUGGUCGAUGUUCUGUGUCCUUACAUCGGUUUACCUCGAUUUCUAGACCACGAGAUUCUUCGACCGGACCCGAUCAGACCCGAAACCCUCACGACGGUGAGUCUUGCUGACAAGAUUUCCCCGGUGGUUCGUUUCUCGGAUAUUCAGACCGAUCUUGAAGACUGCUGCACGGUGUGUCUCUCUGAUUUUGAGUCCGAUGAUAACAUCAGGCAACUUCCGAACUGUCGACAUGUGUUUCAUGAUCAUUGCUUGGAUCGUUGGAUUGUGGAUUGCCGCAAGAUGACUUGUCCGAUUUGUCGGGAUCGGUUCUUACCGGCCGAAAAAUACGCACGGGCGGGUCCGGUUUGGUAUAGUGAUGAAUGGGAGAGUACCAUUACAUACUAACGGCGGGCUUUACUUUUCUGUCGGCAGUAUCUGAUUUUGCUGUGUAAUUCCACUAAAACUCUGUAUCUCUAGUGUAGAUAUUAAUAUCCGAUCGAUAUUUUCAACAAAAAAAGGAAAAAAUGUAACACAAAAAAUUUGUACAUUGCUACAUUGAUUUGUAUUAAAAAUCUGGCCUAUUAGAUAUCAGGAAUAUAAACAAUUUUUUUUAACAAAAAAAAUACCAAAAAGGCACUAACGAUAAUACGUUUUGUCCCUCUGUGUGUGUGUUUGUGAUUCAUUUUAUCCUAAACUUUUUAGAAUAAAAAAAGUGGUUGCUCUGCUUAGCACAUUAAAUUUCUGGAAACUCUAAUCUAACAAUACUAAAAAGAGAAUAUUCUCCGCUCUAAAGCUAUCCACGUCACUAUAAAACAUGUUCUUUGACUCACCGAGAAACUCUCUUCCCAAAUCUGUUAUUUACUACCAAGUUAGAGAAGCUAUGAUAUCCUUCAACUUCUUCUACGCUCAUGUCGACAAGAAAGAAGUAAAAAAAUAUUAUUACCCUUUCAUAUUGAAGAUGGAAAGCACUUUUUAAUGAUUCAAUAAAAUAAAUGGUGCAGAAGGAGAAGUCGGGGACGAUGUUGGACGAAGACACACAGCUCAUGGAACAAAGAGGAACCUAAUCCAAACUGCUCGAUCUUUACAAACUAGCUUGAGAUGUAUCGAUCCUGUGCCUUAGAGAUAUAAUGGGUUCUAAGCUGGCAGCACUCUCCUCUCUCCAUUCUUAACACGAAGAACGAAGAGCAAGUUUGUUGUGACUCCUCCAGCUAAUGUCACAGAAGAACCCCAUACUAUGCUCUAAAAGUCAAUCUUUACCAUAACAUUAAUGCAUUGUGGCUUGAUGAAGGUACUUUCCUGCAGAGGAGAUCCCGGUUCAGUACGGUGGUAACGAAAGAGAUGAUGAUACCAAAUUCUCCAACGAAGCUGUUUCUGAAGUUGUCGUUAAGCCUGGGUCAUCUGUAAACAUAGAGAUCCCAGCUUCUGAGGUAAUAACUUAAAAAACAAACUCUUUUCUUGUGUUCGGGAGUUGUAAAAGAUCUAUAGCAAUGUUUUUGUUUAGUCAUUUUCUUUUUAAAUCAGAGUUUAUUUCCAGAUUGUUGAAGACUUAAUUUUUUUUGCAUGGGUUCACUGAUAAACCCGAAACAAUUGCCAAUAAAUUCCAUGUAGAGACAAUGGUGCCAAGUGUUAUCAUUAAUUUUUUUUUUGGACAAAUUUACCAUUCAUCUUUUAUUCACUAAUUAAUUCUUGAGCUUGAGACUAGAGAUUUAUUUCUUUCUUUAAUACAGGAACAAGGUGAAACCAAAGUCUCUGAAGAUGAUACUCAAUCUUCAAAAGUAUUUGUCAAAUUAAUUACCGGCGCUAAAUGAUAUGGGACCGGGGAGUCUAAAUAAUUUAGCAACGCGUGCCCCUGAGCUUCGGCUGUUUCUAUCCAUUGAAUACAUGGCCGGAGGAUGUAAUUCUUGCUGCCUUUCCAGGGCACAUGGUAACCAUUGCAGCCUUUUUUAAUCUUUAUUUUAGGUUUCUAAUAAAUAUCCGCUAAGUUUCGUGAUUUUUAAGCUUUUAGUUCUCUCUCUCCUGAGUUAUUGCUGAUCUAUGGAAGAAUCUCAGAAGAAAAAGAUAUCGUUUGGGGAUAAAGUGAUCUUUGCACAAAAAGAUAGAAAGAUUAAAUGUUUCCAAAGAUUUUCAAGACCAUAUAUACACAUAAAGUUUAUAUAUCAAAAUCCAAGUUGGGAACCUUUUAUAAAUUAUUUGACUUAUAAAUUAGCUAAGAUACAUAAAGAACUUAGAAAGACAAUUGCACCAAAUUUUAGCAAAAAAAAAAACAUAAAAAAACUUGGGAAGACAAUGUGUGAGACUUGCCCGCCGUCGAAAGUAUUUAAUCUUACACCAUAUAUUGGAAACUAAUCACUGUCAAUUUGUUCCAAUGGAUUACAUUUUUCAAAUAAUUUGUAUGUUCUUUUUAUAACAUGGUACGAUGAAUAACUGGGCUCAAAACAACAUAUGUAGUUAGUCUAAAAUUAAACACGAAAAUUGGUAGUAAUUACGAUGAUUGAAAGUUUGAACACAUUUCAUUGGUAACAGUUACGAUGAAAAGAGUGUAAAAUGGAGACUCAAACACAUCAUGGAGAGUUGUUUAAGGAUUUAGACUUAGACCACUUCUUCAAAUUAUAUUCAUUCAACAACAAUCUUCAUAAGUAAUUUAAAAGUUGUGAAUAUUAAACUAAAUCCUCACCAUAUAUAAAUUUUUUAAAAACACCAGAUUAUAACUUUAAAAUAAAUAACCAAAGGUAGAAACCAACAUAAAAGUAAAGACUAAUCUCUUUGGGAUGAGGCCAGAAUAUCUUAAUUUAAAGAGUUGUUAUUAGUUUACAUGAUUUAAAUAUAAAGUUUCGGUGAUGGUUUAUUUUUAAAAUUGUCUUAAAACUGGUUUGGUCUGUUAUAAUUUUUAUUUAUAAUGUAUUUUCAUGAAUUGAUUUGGAGAACAACAUUAUCUUUAGUUUGGAUCAAUUUUUUAUUCAAUUUAAUUUCUGUUAUGAAACUGUUCAAUAUGGUAUUACAACUCAAUAAUUCUAAAGUUAAAACAAAGUUUAAAUCGGUUUUAAAUUUACAAUUGUUUUAUACAAAACCUAAAUUAAUAAGAUAAAUGUAUUUUAAAGUAUAACAAGGUUUAGUUAACUUUGACUCAUCUUAGUGAUCAUUCUAUAUAUGAUUUCCUUUAAUAACAAAUUGUGAGUUAAAUUAUGUGAAAUAUUUUAGACACAAGGCAAUUAAUAAAUUUAAACAAAUUUAAAUUUCUUACCAAUUCAUAGUUUAAAAUCGACUGUAGUAUAUAUAACAAUUUAUAUUCAAAUGUUAUUGUAAUUUUUUAAUUUAAUUAAACCUUAUACGAAUACUCCAGACGUAGCCCGGGAAAAGCCCCUAGUAUAAUCUAAUAAGUCAAUAAAUAUAAAAAAGUCAGCAACUAUAAGAUAUUUCACUUAAAACUACAAUUGGUUCUCUUGUAGGUUAUUAAUGGGGUUCAAACCAAUUAAAAAAUUUAAAAAUCAAAAAGCAAAUAAUUGUGUUUUUUGCAGUAAGAUUUUGGAGAACCGUUGUUAAAACUCUUGACUACACAUGUGCAUCUUUAAUUGAAGCAUCUUUUUAUAAACACAAAAAUUAAAUAAAAACUAAACUAUUGUUAAAGUAUUAAUAUUUUUCAUCACUAAAAAACUAUUGUGAAUAUUUUACCAUUGGAGAUGCUCUUAUACUUCUUAUUCAUGGACAUCGGCAUUUUACAGCUUUAAAAAACAUCAACGUUUUUCUUAAGAUUUUUUUGGGUUGAGCCUAUUCAGUUUAAGAAAAAAAAUAACUAAAUAAUAAAUAUUUGCCAAGUCAUAUUAUGUUUAAAAAAAAAGUAAAAAAAUAUGGAAAAAUUAUAAUAGCUUCAAAAAAAUAAAGUUUUUUUAACAUUGUUUACGCAAAACACUAAACUCUAAAUCUAAAACACUAAACUCUAAACAAUAAAUCAUAAAUCUUUGGGUAAAUCCUAAACUUUUGGUUAAAUCCUAAACCUUUAGGUAAAUCUUAAACCAUAUGAUUUAGGGUCUAGGGUUUAGAAUUUUCCCGACGAUGUUUAGGGUUUAGUGAUUAAGAUUCAAUGUUUAUGAUUUAGGUGAUUUAUCCAAUGGUUUAUGAUUAAUCCAAAAGUUUAUAAUUUACCCAAAAAUUUAGAAUUUACUUAAAGUUCAGAGUUUUUUUUUUUUUUGAAAAUUAAAGUUCAGAGUUUACCGUUUAGAAUUUCGUCCGCAAAUCAUGAUGUAUGAGAACAAUAAUAUUAAUCUAUCUAAAGUAUAUGAUAUAGGAACAAUAAUCCAAAUAUUGUACACAUCCAUAGGCCUACCGUUGAAAGUUCAGCCCUCAAGUGUUUCGUCUUGGAAUUUUUCUCAUUUGCCCAAUGACGAAUGAGCACUGACCAAUUAUUUCUAAUUUUCUAAUACUAUCAUAGGAUUUUUCGGGAAAGUGUCGGUGAAGAGAUAUCUACUCCAUCUGUUUUUAAAAGAAGCAUAUUCUAGACUUUUCACAUAUAUUAAGAAAACUCAUUAAAUAUGCAUUGUUUUUUGUGAAUAACAAUUUUUCAUAACUUUUAGCCAAUAGAAAUUCAAUAAACACCAUUAAUUUUUUUGAAACUUACAAUUUUUCAUAAACUCAUACAUUGAAAAAGUGAAAAAUGUAUAUUUUUGAAACAAAUUUUUUUUCCAGAACAUACGUCUUUUAUGAACGGAGGGAGUAUCAUAUAGUGCGUUGCAAUUCUACGAGUCAAAAACUUUCUGGUUCGAUAUUAUAAUUUGGGUGUGAGUGCCAAUUUUAAGAGUAAAAAAAAAGAGAGAUAUAUAAGAUCUGAACAUGAGAAGGAAAAAUUAAAUGGGAAAAGAAAGGGAAGAAACGAAAGUGUUACUCUAUCAAAGCUAGUGUAAUAAUAACUGUAUAUAUACAGAUGUUAAUAUUUUUAGUUAUAUAAAUUUUUAUUUUUUUUAAAGAUAAAGCAUAAUAUACUUUUGUACCACAAACCGCCAGAGGCUUUUGUGACCCGCUUGAAAACGACAGUUCAGAAAAUAAAGGACGAGGACUUUGCUGAAGGAAGCAGGAUACUCAUCUGGUAAUCCUGUUGAUAGUGCAGCUUCCCCUCCAGCUACCGGUCCUGCAGGAAGACAACCAGCUCCUGCACCGGCAGUCCCAGCUCCUGUGCCCGAUCUGCUAAGUGACUUGAUGGGAUUAGAUAAUGCAGCAAUUGUCCCGGUUGAUGAACCCACAGCUUCGUCUGGUCCUCCGUUGCCCAUUGUCAUGCCAGCUGCUACCGGUCAAGGUCUGCAGAUAAGUGCUCAACUAACCCGAAGGGUAAGUGUUCUACAGUAUGCUCUUCGAGAACAACACGCAGGUGGUGGUUGAUGGUUUCAUGAUUCAGUUCAACAAGAACACAUUCGGUCUUGCAACUGCUGGACCUCUUCAGAUUGUGCCUUUACAGCCAGGAACAUCUGCCAGUACAAUGCUACCUAUAGUCGUGUUGCAGAACAUGCCUGCUGGGCCUCCAAGCUCGCUCUUACAAGCAGCUGUCAAAAACAAUCAGCAGCCUGUUUGGAUACUUCAACGAUAAGAUUAUACUUCAUGCUCUUUUCGGUGAAGACGGUAGCAUGGAACGUGGAACCUUCCUCGAGGUAACAUAACAUAUUGUACAAGAUAAACUUAAAACCAAUGUAAAACCAAAUCUGCUAUAGAUAGGGUUUGGAAGAUUUGGUGUUGGUUUUGGUUCUGAUGCAGCGCAUCCUCACUGGUUUACGGCUCGGUUCAUUACUAAACCGAGAUAGAACUUAUCCCCUUUCUUUACGUUGGCUUUGGUGUUUAUCUUCUAGUUAUUUGUUUUAUUAAUAGUUUAGAUAAGUCCUAAUGAAGUCGGUGUUUAGAUUAGCUAUUUAAUAGAGUCGUCGUCUUUGUAACGAAGGGACCUUUUACAUUGAAUUAAUACAGAGCUUUUAUAAAGUUUCUCUAAUCUCUUGUUAUCGGCAUUCUUUGAAUCAACGAGAACAAGAAGAAAGCAGAGUUUGGGUAUUCUUCGACUAAACAAACCCUCUUUGAUCCUAUCUAAUCUUAUACGCUGCGCCAGGUUCUCUGGAACAUUCUGGUUUGUGUGUGUGUUUUCAGACAUGGAGGUCGUUAGCAGAUUCAAAUGAAGUCCAGAGAGAGUUUCCAGGGAUCACCAUCACGAGCGUGGAAUCAACUAUUGAUUUGCUCGCAGCAUUCAACAUGUUCUUCAUAGCAAAGCGCAAGAAUGGGAACCAAGACGUGAUCUAUUUAUCAGCAAAGGUUCCGAGAGAUAUACGUUCUUGAUCGAACUCACUGCGAUGGUGGGCCAACCAGGUCUCAAAUGCGCAGUGAAAACUCCCACUUCUGAGAUUGCGCCUCUUUUCUUCGAAGCCAUGAUGAUUGACAAUUUUGCCAAGGUUUUCAGAUUUUUUUUGUUGUUUCUUUAUUUUGAUAUUUUCUAACGCCUGUUUAGUGUAUGUAAUAGAUCUUCUGUUGUAUUGCUCACUUUUCUUUCUCAAAUACAUAUUAUUGACAUAUUUCCUUUU